AUGAGCAGCAGGCACCGAAGUUUCCUCUUCCUUCUUUUCAUCCGAGGGAUGGAAGGUGAGAUCCCACAUGAGAUUCCGUUUGGCUUUGAGGUCCUUUUCAAAAAUGUCAGUGGCCAGAACACAGUGAAUGAGGAGUUGUCGGAAGCGCUUUUGUUCACUUUCGGUAGCACAAAUGCAUUCGCGGAAGUGCUUGUACUUUGGCAGCAUCAACAGCUCCAGUGCAACAUCCACAGAUCUCUGCUCUGCUACACUUUUGUUGUUGUAGAGCCCUGCAAUAUCGGGAAGCUCCUUGGCCAUUUGCCCAUUGGGAACACCUUCAUGGCCUACAAGCAAACAGUGGUAGGUUAG